AGGGAUUGUUUUCAAGUGAAGAGUGAAGUUUCAAUUAUUUAUCGAUGAGAAGAUAAUUGGGAUUGGUUGUACUUUAUACUAAUUGUUUAAAUUUGGAAUAUUUUUAAUUGUGGGUUAAGGGAGUGGGCAGGAAUGAGCGAGGAAGAGUUGAUCGGUGAAAUUAGGGAGUUGAAGUGGUUGUUGAGGGAGAAAGAGGAUAACCUCGCUGAGUUGAGGCGGGAACAGGUGAUUAUUCAAAAAAAUGGGCUGAAUAAUGAGGAGAUUGCUAGGUACAGCCGACAGAUUUUAAUGCCAGAAAUCAGUGUUAAAGGACAAGUGAAAAUAAAAAAUGCAUCAGUUCUAAUUGUCGGUGCUGGAGGGCUCGGUUGCCCAUCAGCUCUGUACUUGGCCGGAGCUGGAGUGGGGCAUAUUGGUAUCGUAGACUACGACGACGUCGAGAUAAACAAUUUACACAGACAGUUGUUGUACACGUCUGACGACAUUGGCAUCGCUAAAGUUCAUGCUGCCGCUGAUCAUCUGCAAAGGCUCAACGGAAAUCUGAAGGUAACUCCUUACAAGCUUCAAUUGGACAGCACCAAUGUCCAGAAUAUCGUCGAACAAUACGAUGUAGUCCUUGAUGCUACCGACAACGUGCCAACAAGAUAUCUUCUAAAUGACGCCUGUAUAUUCGCUGGGAAGCCCUUGGUAUCGGGGUCUGCACUGAAAUUCGAGGGACAGUUGACAGUUUAUAAUCAUCAAGGACCUUGCUACAGAUGUAUAUUCCCGAAACCUCCACCCCCUGAGACUGUGACUAAUUGCGGGGAUGGUGGAGUUCUCGGUGCAGCUGUCGGAACAAUCGGUGUUCUGCAGGCCCUAGAGGCCAUAAAAAUAAUCCUGGAUAUGCCUGGAGUAUUAUCUGGACGAAUGCUACUAUUCGAUGGUCAACAAUCAACAUUCAGAAACAUACGUCUACGAUCGAGAGACCCAAAUUGUUUAGUUUGUGGAGAGGAUCCCCAAAUAACUGAACUAUUGGAUUACGAACAGUUCUGUGGCAGCAAAGCUAACGAUAAAAAUCCCAAUCUCAAGUUAUUGAAGAAUGAUGAGAGAAUAACUGUGAAGGAAUAUGAAACCGUCAAGAAUGUUCAUUCUCACUUGUUGAUCGACGUUCGAUCGCGUGAAGAAUUCGAAAUAUGUAGUUUAGAGGGUUCUGUUAACAUUCCUUACUCGGAGAUGCAGAAAAAUGCGGGACUGGAGAGGACUAAAAAAAUUGUGGAUGAUAAACUUCAGGAGGACAAUUCCAAUGUUUACAUCAUUUGUCGUCGUGGAAAUGACUCUCAAAGAGCGGUCGACCUCCUGAAAACUUCGUUGAAUCACAGAUCGAACAGAAUAAAAGAUAUAAUCGGUGGCAUUCAUGCGUGGACUCGUGAAUUAGACUCUACAUUCCCAAUUUAUUAAAAAUAUUGAUUUCAACAUUGUGAACAUGCAAAGUACAUCAAACAUUCAGCUAAUUAUUCUCCUCUAUGACUAGUCAUUGAACACAACGAAAAUCAAUAAUGAUUCAUUGAAAAUAAUUUACAUUUAUAAUUUUUCUUCAUCAAUAACUGUCAAUUAUCUGAUCCACUCAAUUAUAUUUAUUCAACUCCUCAGGAGUUAAA